UGCCAGCACUGGCUUCUUGAAUGACACGAGUCGUCGAUCAGCGAGCACUUUAACCCGGUGACACGGAGACCAUGGCUGCGGAGGCUCAGAGGGUGCUGGUGUACGGGGGCAGAGGGGCCCUGGGGUCCAAGUGUGUGGAGUUCUUCAGAUCCAAGAACUGGUGGGUGGCCUCCAUAGAUGUCACAGAAAAUGCUGCCGCCAGUGCAAACGUUGUAGUGAAGCCCUCAGACUCAUUCGCUGAACAGGCGGAUCAGGUCUCGGCUGCGGUUGAGCAACUCCUGGGCAGCCAGAAGGUCGAUGCCAUCCUGUGUGUGGCCGGGGGAUGGGCUGGAGGAUCUGCAAAGGCAAAGUCAUUCUAUAAAAGCUGUGAUCAGAUGUGGAAGCAGAGCGUCUGGACUUCAGCCAUUUCCAGUCAUCUAGCAACAAAGCACCUGAAAGAUGGCGGCCUUCUGACCUUAUCUGGAGCAAAAGCCGCAUUAUCUGCCACCCCAGGAAUGGUGGGUUAUGGUAUGGCAAAAGCAACCGUGCAUCAGCUUUGUCAGAGCCUCGGUGAAGAUAAAAGCGGCUUGCCAGCUAAUUCUUCUGCCGUUGCUAUAUUACCUGUUACCUUGGAUACACCGGCCAAUAGAUCUUCGAUGCCAGACGCAGACUUCAGUUCCUGGACGCCAUUAGACUUUAUCGCUGAAACCUUUUUCAAAUGGACCACAGGGAAUGAAAGGCCAAAGUCCGGAAGUCUUAUUCAAGUGAUCACCGAAAAAGGGAAGACUGAACUAAUUCCAGCUAAUCUGUGAAGUCUGUAGAUUACCCCGUGUACAAUAUAUAUAUAUACAUAUAUACAGCAAUGGCUAUAUUCUAGCAACUCGGUUAAUUGCCAGUUUUCUGCAAAGUAAUUCCUAUAAACCACUGCAUUCAGUUAUGUAUGUUGUUGUAAACCAUAUUCUAGGUAAUCCAAUGGAACUGUUUACAUUACAUUAUUUUGUUAAAAACAUGUCGAUAUUUUUACUGAAAUGCGUGUUUUUAAAUAAAUCUGCUUAAAGUGAGGCAUUUCAUUUGCUUCAUAAAAAAAACUUCAACAAGUUUA